AGAUAAAUAUAUAGGAAGGCCGGUAUUUUUUUUCCAGAAAAGGUGCCAACCCUACCCGUGCCCCCCUUUUAUUCAUGCUUUUUUUUUCAUAAUCGGAACCGGAGCAAUGUGGAUUGGGCAUGGGAAAUCUACCAAAUGAUUGUAUCUUCUGCGCACCCCCAGUGUUUUUGAUCCAAUGUGGGUGUGGUUGGGCAGUAUGCGCCCCCUAAAAUCCUAUGACCCUAGGCCUGGGCCUAGAUGGCCUUUCCACAAACCCGGGCCUGAUUACACUAAGGGGCACAUUUACUAUGGGUCGAAGUGAAUUUUCGAAUUAAAAAACAUUGAAUUUUGAAGUAUUUUUUGGGUGCUGCUGAAAUAUGUUGACGUAUGGAUCGGACCUGAGCAGACAAAAAGCGUUGUGCCUUCAUUUGCCUUUGCACAUAGACCGUCACAAAAUGGUCGUUCAAGCUUUUUCAACGGAAUCACCAAAAGGUUUUUGGAGUGCAGCAGUAAAGAAAGAAGUUUCUGAAUUAAGAAGAAUAGCUGUUUCUAGCCUUGUCUGCAUUAUAUUAAUAAUACUGCUUAGCAUCGUUAUUAUAUGGUUAAAAUUGAAGAUAAAAAAGAAGAUCAAUGAUAACAUGUUAAAAACCUCUUCAAAAGCUUUUUCAAUGGAAUCACCAAAAGGUUUUUGGAGUGCAGCAGUAAUGAAAGAAGUUUCUGAAUUAAGAAGAAUAGCUGUUUCUAGCCUUGUCUGCAUUAUAUUAAUAAUACUGCUUAGCAUCGUUAUUGUAUGGUUAAAAUCGAAGAUAAAAAAGAUCAAUGCUAACAUGGUACAAACCUCUUCAAAAGCUUUUUCAAUGGAAUCACCAAAAGGUUUUUGGAGUGCAGCAGUAAUGAAAGAAGUUUCUGAAUUAAGAAGAAUAGCUGUUUCUAGCCUUGUCUGCAUUAUAUUAAUAAUACUGCUUAGCAUCGUUAUUGUAUGGUUAAAAUCGAAGAUAAAAAAGAUCAAUGAUAACAUGGUACAAACCUCUUCAAAAGAACAACACGGCGGCCAUCUUGCUUAUGGAUUAAAGGCUUCCUUCACCUCUCUGCGCAUGUGCAGAAAAAAAACUUCCCCUCACCCCAGGAGCACGUCACACAUGACUUGGUGCUCAGUUCCAGUUAGAAAGGCAGCGAGUGCGCACAACAUUGUGCCUUCAUUUGCCUUUGCACAUAAUCACAAAAUGGUGGUUCAAGCUUUUUCAAUGGAAUCAACAAAAGGUUUUUGGAGUGCAGCAGUAAUGAAAGAAGUUUCUGAAUUAAGAAGAAUAGCUGUUUCUAGCCUUGUCUGCAUUAUAUUAAUAAUACUGCUUAGCAUCGUUAUUGUAUGGUUAAAAUUGAAGAUAAAAAAGAAGAUCAAUGAUAACAUGGUACAAACCUCUUCAAAAGAUGCGCAGACAAUGACAGAGAGUGUAGAUGAGGAACAGGAACUACGAGAAGUCCUUGUCAUAAGCCCUAAAAAAACAGAACAAAAAAAAGAUGAAGAUAAAGAAGAUAUUGAGACAAGGGAAAAAGUAGAGGAAAAGUCCCUUGAUAAGCAUAAAGUGGAAGAUCAAAAUGAAGAACAAGAAGCCACAGUUAUAGGCAAUCUGGAAGAAAAUGAGAAAGACGAAAAAGAACUAAAAAAAGAGAGACCUAAAAAGAAAAGACUAAAGAAGUGUUUUCGUUUCCUGGCUGCAGUGAUCAAGAAAAUAGAAGGUCGAAAGAAAGGAGAAAAUUAGAAACAUGAAAAAAUGAGAAGCAAAUGAUACAAAAAGUAAUACAGCCUUACCACCAUUGACAGGCUUAGCUCAAUGUUAAACCAACAGUCUUCUCCUAAUCUGUCUAGUAAUAAGAUAUACAGACUAAUAUAGAAAUGUAAAGGCUGGUACCUUAUGCUGUAUUAUAGUAAAGAAGCUGGGACUAAAAUAUGCAGGAUCGUAAGAGCAGAGAAAAACAAAAUACGUCUGGAAUAACCUGUCAACAUAACUGUAAUCUAUCUACAAAAAACAAUAAAAAUAUUUGAAUUUUACC